AAUGAAGCCUGUAAACGUAACCUAGCAUAUGAAGUUAAAUUUUUCUCCAUCUUUCUCCUAAAUUUGAACAUAUAGGUCUGUGCUUAAACGAACGGUUAAUUCACACAAGCUUGUUAAGAGACAUUGUGUCUCGAUUUGCAACCUCUUGUCCUUGAAUUGAACGACCACAUUAAGUUUGACCUUGGUUGGUUGGUCUGUGUGGCAGAUGCGUGUGCAUCCUUCUCGGUUAAUUCGACUAUCUUUAAUCUCCCUAUUACUGCUACUAUGUAUCGCUAUUAUAUAUAAUAAAUAUUUGGAUAAAGCGCUAUCUGGACCUAAUUCUAUAAGCCAACUUAUCCGGAAUCAAGAUUUUGCAAGUGUACACAAUGUAAAGCCAUUUAAAAUAGACUGGGAAAACUACUCGCUGACUGCACUUGAAAGUUCGAGAGUGGGACCUGGAGAGAACGGCAUGGCUUUCGAACUAUCCCCUCUCGAUAGAGAACUAUCUAAUAAAACUAUAAAUGAGAACGGUUUCAGUGUGUAUGUUAGUGGGAAAAUCAAAAUAGAUAGAUCUAUUAAAGAUAUCCGCCAUCCACGUUGUAAAGGGAAACUAUAUUUCAGCAACCUUCCUACUGCUUCAGUGAUUAUCCCUUUUUUUGAAGAGCAUUGGGAGACUCUCCUACGCACAGUCGCAUCUGUUUUGAAUCGAGCUCCUUCAGGGCUAAUCAAGGAAAUAAUUUUGGUUGAUGAUGGAAGCUCACGAAAAUAUCUGAAAGAUGAACUUGAUAAUCAUCUUGCAACUGCGUAUCCAAGUGGUAUAGUACGUGUAAUUCACCUGGAACAGAGGGGAGGUCUUAUUCGAGCGAAAACAGCGGGCGCCAGAGAAGCUACUGGGGAAGUGCUCAUUUUUCUGGAUUCUCAUUGUGAAGCAGGAAUAAACUGGCUUCCGCCGCUGCUUGAUCCAAUUGCUGCGAACUACAAGACUGUUGUUUGUCCAUUUAUUGAUGUAAUAGAUGCAAAUACCUUUGAAUAUCGUGCUCAAGAUGAAGGGGCUCGAGGAGCAUUUGACUGGGAGUUGUACUAUAAGCGCCUUCCACGAUUACCAGAAGAUAGAUAUCAUCCUGAUGAGCCUUUUGACAGUCCAGUGAUGGCAGGAGGUCUGUUUGCCAUCAGUGCGAAAUGGUUUUGGGAACUUGGAGGCUAUGAUCCUGGUCUUGUUAUUUGGGGUGGAGAGCAAUACGAGUUGUCAUUCAAGAUUUGGAUGUGUGGAGGGCGUAUGAUUGAUGCCCCGUGUUCUAGAAUAGGUCAUAUAUAUCGUAAAUACUCAACUAACUUUCCGAAAGCAGAAUUCGGGGACUUUGUUGGUCGGAAUUACAAACGUGUAGCAGAAGUUUGGAUGGAUGAAUAUAAAGAGUAUCUGUAUAAACGGCGACCAAGAUACAGGGAUUUGGAUGCAGGUGACUUGACCAAACAGCGCAAAAUCCGAGAGAAACUUAAGUGCAAGUCAUUUAAGUGGUUUAUGACAGAAAUAGCGUUUGAUUUGGUUAAGAAGUACCCACUCAUAGAACCAAUAUCUAAGGCUGAUGGAGAGAUUCGAUCAGUUGCCGACUCAUAUUUAUGCUUGGAUGCGAUGGGUGCAAAUGAGUAUACUCCAGUUAAAUUGCGUCCUUGUACUAAAGAUAAUCCUAAUGCCAUCGGUAUCCAGAAAUUCGAAUAUAGCUACCAUGAAGAUAUUCGAGUUAUAAAGCAGUAA